CUGGCCCCCUCUCGUCAGUGUCGCCAUGAUGGUCGUGGUGGAUAGACGUGGGUGGUGUUAGUGCUCCUGUCCGUUCAUCCAGCGAGGUCAUCAGGGGAGUACCGUUACUUUGACCUGAUCGUGACCUCAGGAGAUCGGUGGCAGCAGCAGCAGUGCUGGUAGUGUGUGCUGCUGGCAAGCCCUGCAAGUGGUGGUGGUGAGCAGCGCCCCACACGCCAAUGCCCCCCGGGCUGGCCGCCGCCGCCCGGCCAUGGCAGGAGGAGUGGCGGCCUCCAGCAGGGAGCAGCGCCCCCCCCAGGAGUUGGGAGUGUGAGAGUGGGUGAGGCCCCAUGGAGGGUGAUCAGAGCCCCGGUGGCUCUGCUGUCUCCCAGGACACUUAUUUGUUGAUAGGAGGGGCCCCUCCCCUACAGCAGGGGCGGCCCCGCAGUGUGCCACGGGGGUGCCGGCCAUGGCGGCUGUGGCACCGCACCUCACUGUGCCUGGCAGGGCCACGCAAGGCAUCCUGGCGGCGCCGCGUGGUGGUCCUGGCCGUGCUGAUAGCCGUGCUGCUGCUGCUGCUGUACUCCCUUGGAGAGUCCUCACACCGCACCAUCAUGAGCUUUGUUGUGUGUUCCAGCAUGGUCCGUGGCCGUCCCCCUGAGGCCGCCUUCCGCUGCAACGGCCCUGUCAACACCACCAGCCAGCUGCCCCACCCCCAUGCCCCCCCGCGGCCCACCCAGAGCAGGCUGCGGGAGGACCCCAAGGUGCUGCUCUUCACAGAGACGCAGUAUUCCAGGACAGGCCAGGCCAUCAUCCACAUCCUGGUGGCCAAUAGAAUUAAGUACAAGAUGGAGGUGCUGGGGAAGUCACUGCCAGGCCUCACCAACCUGUCCAAGGGGAAGUACGGAGUGGUGGUGUUUGAGAACUUUGAGCGCUACCUACAAAUUGACCCCUGGAAUCGAGAGCUGCUAGACAAGUACCUCAGGGACUAUGGCGUGGGGCUUGUGGGGUUCAUGCCAGCGAGGGAGGAGACGCAGGUUGGGGCGAAGCUAAGGGGGUUUCCUCUCUAUGUACACUCCAAUCUCGGCCUUGAGAAUGUGAGCCUGAAUAGUGACAACCCAGUGCUGCGGCUCACCAGGGCGGGCGGCACACUGCAGGAGGAGCUGCCCGGCACUGAUUGGACUGUCUUCACCCCAGCCGACACCACCUACACACCCCUUGAGUGGGCUGCCCCCAGCCUGCCCCACUUUUCAGAGGAGCGCCUCAUUCUGUCCAUCCUGGACAAGGGUGACUACGACGGUAUCUCCAGGGUGCUAUUUGGCGGGAACCUGGACUUCUGGCUGCACCGGCUGUUGUUCCUGGAUGCCGUGUCAUACCUCAGCCUGGGCCGCAUCUCCCUGUCCCUGGAGCGCUACAUCCUGGUGGACAUUGACGACAUCUUUGUGGCCAAGAAGGGCGUACGCAUGACUACUGAUGAUGUGAAGGCCCUGCUGGAUUCACAGUGGCGCCUGCGGGAGUUGGUGCCAGAGUGGCGGUUCAACCUGGGCUUCAGUGGGAAGUAUUACCAGAAUGGCUACCCAGAGGAAAAUGCUGGGGACAGGAUGCUGCUGGAGCAUGUGGAUGAGUUCUGGUGGUUCGGACACAUGUGGGGGCACACUCAGCCUCACACACUCACUCAGGAGAAGCUGGAACACCAGAUGCAACUCAACAAGCAGUUCGCCCUUGCACACAACAUUCCUACUGACUCAGGUUACAGCAUCGCCCCGCACCACUCCGGCGUGUAUCCUGUGCACGAGCCGCUCUAUGACGCCUGGAAGAAGGUCUGGAACGUGCGGGUGACAUCCUCUGAGGAAUACCCACAUCUUUACCCGGCUCGGCUCAGACGGGGCUUCAUUCACCGCAAUAUUAUGGUGUUGCCGAGACAGACAUGUGGCCUCUUCACACACACAGUCUUCAUUGACAAGUACCCAGGGGGACGUCAGACUCUGGACUCUAGCAUACAUGGGGGGGAGCUGUUCCUCAGCAUUGUGUACAACCCUAUCAGUAUCUUCAUGACGCACCUGAGUAACUAUGGCAAUGACCGCCUUGCUCUGUACACCUUCGAGUCAGUCAUCAAGUUUAUCAAGUGCUGGACGAAUCUCAGCCUGCGCACGGUGCCUCCCCUGCAGCUGGGCGAGAAGUACUUCCACCUCUUCCCCAAUGAGAGGGAUCCAGUCUGGGGGUACCCCUGUGCAGACCGGCGCCACAUGCAGAUCUGGGCUAAGGAGAAGUCAUGUGAGCAGCUGCCUAAGUUCCUGGUGAUUGGCCCACAGAAGACCGGCACCACAGCCCUGUACACCUUCCUGGCCAUGCACCCUGCCAUUGUGGCCAACUACCCUUCUGCUGACACUUUUGAGGAGGUGCAGUUCUUCAAUGGCAAGAAUUACUACAAGGGGAUUGACUGGUACAUGAAUUUCUUCCCAGUACCGGCCAACUCCUCCAGCAGGUUCCUGUUUGAGAAGAGUGCCACCUACUUUGAGGGGGAGAUGGUGCCGCAGCGUGUGAAGGCCCUGCUGCCACAUUCCAGACUGGUGGUGACAGUCAUUCCUCCAAGCAAGCGCGCCUACUCCUGGUACCACCACAUGCGUGCUCACAACGACCCCACAGCCCUGCAGUACACCUUCCACCAGGUGAUAACGGCAGGUGAUGGCGAUCCCAGGGCACUCAGGAGCCUCAGGAAUAAGUGUCUGGUGCCAGGGAUGUAUGCCAAGCAUCUGGAGCGUUGGCUUGACCACUUCCCCGCUUCUCAGCUCAUCCUCAUCGACGGGGAGGAGCUGCGCAGUGACCCGGUGUAUGUCAUGAAUGAUCUGCAGCGUUUCCUUGGCAUCCAGCCCUUUUAUAACUACACUGAGCACUUGAGGUAUGACAAGAGGAAGGGCUUCUUCUGCCAGGUGACAGAAGAGGACAAGACAAAGUGCCUAGGGAGAGGGAAGGGCAGAAUUUAUCCUCCCAUGAAUGAGUCAGAUGCUAAACUACUGAAGGAGUACUACCAGCCCUACAAUGUUGCCCUGGAGAAGCUGCUCACCCGACUCGACUACCCAGUACCCAAGUGGCUGGAGGAGGAGCUUCAGUGACCUGCUCUCACCCAAAACCACCCAGAGGUCACCCAAGACUUAGCUGAAUGCAUCACCUGAGAAAAGAGCUGCAAGAACACAACAUUAAGAGGAAAACUGAACAUCAGGUGCCUAUUAUUGCCUAUUAUUUUGAACAAACCCAUUUCCACAUCAAAAUAGGGACAGUACCCAUUCACCCAUAGAAGGUUACUGUUUUCCCUGUUUUUCCCUGAUUAUUUGAGAGACACAGAUCUCAUUGUGUCCCAAAGCCUUAUCUCAAGCUGGACACCAAACACUGACUCACAGAGCAGAUUAAGACACUUCAGAAUCAUUGCUUCAAAGUAGGACAUAAUAUUGAGACCAUCACAGCAUAUACACAAACAUAUGGAUGUCGUAUGUGUGUAUGUGUGUGUGGUGGAGUGAAUUAUUGACUUAUUUCAUUUAAGUCGCUUUUGGAAUGAAUAUAACUGGCUGGAAUAAGAAGAUGCUAAAGGGAAUGUCUAGCUAUUAAUCGACUUAUUUUAUUUAAGUCACUAUGGAACGGAUACAAAUGGUUGGGAGUGAAGGUUGCCAAAAGGAAUGACCAGCUAUUAUGAUUAACUUAUUUAUCUAAGUCGUGUUGGAAUGAUAGGAGGAAUGAACAGAAGAAAAGUAUGAAUUGCUUAAAGGAACGAUAGUUAUUGACUUAUUUUAUUUAAGUCGUUUUGGAAUGAAUGGAAAAAAAAUACUAGGAAUAGGAAUUGUUGAAAGGAGUGACUUGUUAUUAAUUGACUUAUUUUAUUUAAGUCACAUUGAAAUGAUUAGGAAUAGGAAUGAAUGGAAAGAGUGGCUGGGAGUAGGAAUGACUGAAGGGAAUGAUUAGAUGUUAGCAGGGUUAGAAGUGAACUUGUUAGGAAGAGAAGUAUUGAAAGAGAGAGAUUUUCAGAAAGGGUUAUGAAAAGGUGCCAUUUGUGUGUGUGUGUGUGUGUGUGUGUGUGUGUGUGUGUGUGUGUGUGUGUGUGUUUGCAUAAUGGGAUGUAGAAAUCUAUUGAAUCUCAUAAUAACAUGCUCACACAAACACACUGGUAAUGAUAGGUUAUGUCUAGCCAUUACUCAUACCAAUUCCAGCCUUUCAAUGAUGCCACAGGUGUGAUUUCAACAGGUGUGUGUAUGUGUAUGUGUUUGUGUGUGUGUGUGUGUGUGUCACUCUAGGAGGUAAUGCAGUACUGAGUCACUCAAAUCAAAAGUACUCUGACAGGUUAUGUAAAUUUUUUAGUUUAGUCUUUUUAUACUAACUUAAACCUUUACAAAAAUAAUCACAAUACAUCAUCACGUAUCUAAGUCUUUUAUCCCUGUCUCUCAUCCAUUAUCAAGGCCUUUGUUUCCUGUUAGCUCCAUAAUCUUCACUAUUUCUCUCCCUUAUUCCAAACUUUCUCUUUUCUAUUUGAUUCCAAAACUUUCUCUACUUUCUCUCCUUAACUUUUUCUUCUUUCUCCUUGUGAUUACCAGAAGUUUCCCUUUUUUCUCUCCUUGAUCCCCUAAACCUUCUCUUCUUUCUCUAUUUUAUCUCCAUUUUUUUUUCCCUCCUUGAUCCGUAAAACCUUUUUCCCCUCCCCUCCUUCUUUUCUUUCUCUCCUUGAUCCCAAAACCUUCUUAUUCCCUUUCAUUGAUCUCCAAAACCUUUCUUUUCCUCUCCUUGAUCCCAAAACUUUCCUUCUUUCCCUCUCCUUGAUCCCAGAACCUUCCUUCUUUCCCUCUCCUUGAUCCCAGAACCUUCCUUCUUUCCUUCCUUGAACACCAGAACUGUCAUUCCUUCCUUCCACUCCCACAAGUCUUCUCUCUUACUCCUCCUGUGAUCCCCCAAAAACCUUCCCUCUCUUCCUACACUCUCAGACCUCCUCUCCCUCCUUUCCUUCCUCCCUCCAUUCCCCAAACCUUGACAAUUCUAGUACAUAAAUCACACAGCUAAAACAGAACAAGAUAUGAAGAAUGCAUCACCUUGGUAAAUGUUACGUCACAGAAGAACGAGCAGGGAAGUUAUGUAUUCAAGUGAAGUGAGUUAGGCUUGGUAUCUUACUUUAUGGGACUGUGGGUUAUGUUGAGUGCCAUUUGAAGCUUAUUGGGUUUGUGGUUUGUGGUACUGUUAGAAAGAAUGGGGAAGGUUAUUGGAAUGGUGUGUGUGUAUGAGAGAGAGAGAGAGAGAGAGAUUAAUUCAUUUCAGCUCAAAGAUAAAGCUGUUUAAUUCCUGGAAAAGGGGGAGAGAGAGAGAGGAAUUAAUAAAGUGUAAAAGAUGAAAGAUUAUUACAGAAAUCAAAUAAUAAUAUGCAGGAAAUAAAAAAAAGAAUAAGAAGAGUAGAAACAGUAAUAAAACCAUAUGUUAGUAUUCAAACAAAAUGAGAGAGAGAGAGAGAGAGAGAGAGAGAGAGAGAGAGAGAGAGAGAGAGAGAGAGAGAGAGAGAGAGAGAGAGAAUUAUUUAAUCUCAUCAAUAGAUUAAAGAGGCGACAUUAGAACCUAGUCUCUCUCUCUCUCUCUCUCUCUCUCUCUCUCUCUCUCUCUCUCUCUCUCUCUCUCUCUCUCUCUCUCUCUCUCUCUCUCUAUGGCCAGGCAGCAAAACGAGAGCAGUACAGUGAACACUCAAGCAGUAACGUAACACAGACAGACAUUCACUGACUGAUAAACUUAUAGCACAAACCAGGAAAGAGCAUCCUGUUGAGAUAGUGCACUUACAUCUCAUUCCAUUAUGCUCUGUCUAAAUUCAGUGAUAGGAAUGUUUAUCUUAGUUUUUUUAUUUUUUUUUAUUUAUCUUUUUUUUUUGGUGAAUGUGUGAUAAGGGGAGAAGACUUUAAAUUGCACUUUGUAUAUGCAGUUCUUUCAUUCUUAUUUUUUUACGAGUUGGAUGUUUUUCGUACAAUUUUCUUGCGGUAUGUUUUGUGCCGUGAAUAUAUCUCGUGUGCAUUAUACUCUCUAGAUAUGGCAUGUGGUUUAUUUCCAAGAAUUCAGCUUUUUUUUCCCCAUAUCAUGAUUACAAACCCUGACAUUUAUACCUCAUAGUUCCCUCAGUUCUCAUAUUCUCACGGUAUUGUUUUGUUAUUACUCUGGUUCACUUCUCAUUACCAUACCACACAAUGUAAACCUCUAUUAGGCCUGAGAGUCAAACCAAACUCCCUCAUCUCACUACAGGAAUCAACUCAUCAACAGUAAUACCCAAACAAGUCAAGUGAGUCAUCAAAGUCCCUAUGCCCACUACAGAAAUGAACUUGUCCAAUAACUGUAUUACCCCAAGAAGUCAAGUUACUUUUCACUGGUAUACAUAUAGAGCUGAGGGCAGAAUGUAGUCAUUUCAGAGGUGUUCAUUUACUGGAAUUGCUUCUAUGACUCCUAUUGCUCCAUAUGUGGUUGUUUGUUUGGUGCAUUCGUAUCAGCCUGUGCUCAUUUUAACAGUACAGCCCAUUCACUGGUAUACAUGUAGGGCUAAGGGCAGAAUAUGAUAAUUUCAUAGGUGUUCAUUUACCAGUGUUGCUUCAAUGACUCCUAUUACUCCUCUUGUAGUUGUUCAUGGUGCAUCCUUACCAGCCUCUGCUCAUUUUAUCAGUGUGAUCCAUCAUUGCUCCUUAAUCGGGCAUCCAUUAUCUUAUCAGCCAUUGUAUAUUCUCUGUUGAUUAGUGUGGCAGCUUCAAUCUCUCUCCGGAAAUUGGUGUUUUCUGUAUCGUAUGACUUUUUUUUAUUAAUGGUUCUUCUGAGGAGUGUGGGAGCAAGUCAGUGUUUGCUUGUUAUCUGUACUUUAUGGGAAAAUAUGUACCUUUAUAUAUAUGGAGGGGAAGAAAUUUGUGGGAAGUGUGUAUGGUUUAUUUACACAAGUCACUUUUAUUAUAUAUUGUCUUGUAAUCUUAAAAAAAAUGGGUAUGUGUGAAAAAAAAGCAAAUAUGUGGAAAAAUAUAAGGCAUAGUAACAAGAAUAACAAAAAAAAAAAAAAUCAGAUGUCAUAACCUUAGAAAAGAAGAUAUGAUAAUGUUGAAGAGAGCACAAAAAAAUUGAAAAUACCCCAGAAAAGAGCUGAGAUAGAGAUAAACUUACCACGCAAGUUUUCAAGCAAAGCUGAGAGCACAAACGUAGAUUAGCUAACAGGAAUUAAAAAAUGAGAAGUUUACACUCAUUAUAGAUAGAAAAAGAGGUUAAAUAGAUAAAAAAAUAGUAAAUACAUAGUGUCAGAGGAAGAGAAAGAACAAAAAGAUAGUACAUAAAAUAAGAUCAAAUUAAAAUGUAUGUGUAUGUAAGUUUAGAGAGAGAGGAAUAGAGAGAGAGAAAACACACACACACACACACACACACAUACAUACAAGCAUACACACACACUCCCAUAUCAAAUGUCUUGUCAUAUAUCCUGUUUGUUGAUAAACUGAAUGAGCAUUGAGCAAAACUCACCACUUUUUCCCAGCAAGGCACUGUAUACCUUCCCCAGGUGUUCUCAGGGGUCAUUAUUGCUAGUCAGGUAACCCAGGAAGUCUUAUCAAGGUGUGGUUGGCUGUAUGCAUUUAUUUACAAAGCUUAGAAAUUGUGUGGAAGUGAGAAUGAGAAGGGAAAUUCUACGUGCUAUUCUUUGCUAUGGUGUCAAUAAGUCUUGUGCUGUGGGGAAGGGAGUAUGUAUUAUUGCAUGAGAGUAAAUUAUCAGGUUGCAGGGGAAUAAAUGUAGAUGUUAUUCCUUACUAUGGUGUUAAUAUGUCUUGUGUUUUGAUAAGAGGACUGCAUAUUGUUUGUGUGGAAGUAAAUUAUCAGAUUGUACUGGCAGAAUUGUAGUGUUCUGAGUGUUCUUGUGUUUUGAAAAGAGGACUGCUUAUUGUUUGCAUGAGAUUAAAUUAUCAGGUUGUAGUGGGAAGUAAAAUGCUCAAUUGAGGUUAGGAGUAGAAGCCAUUAAGUGCUGUUCUUGUUAUAGUGUUGUGAGGUUUAGUGAGAAGACAUGAAAGAUUGGUUACUGUUAGCAUAGAAAAUGUUAUAUAUGGCAGUCAAGUGUUAGGUAAUGAAGACUGAAACACGUUAGUAAGUAUGCGAAGGAAAUUCCAGUCGCUUCACACAUUAAGAAGUUUAGUGAAGGAAGAAAAACAUUGAUGACAGGUUUUAGUUGCUGUGGAAAUGAGUGAUCAGAAUUUAGGUAAUGAGUAAAGUGCUUUAGUAAGGAUGGGAAGGAAAUUCUAAGUGAUAUCCUGUUAUAGUGUUAGAAUUUAGCCAAGAGUAAAAUGCCAAGUGAGGAUAGAAAAGAAGCUCCAGAUUCUAUUCCUCUCGUGGUAUUAAACUGUAGUCAAAGAAACACUUUAGUGAAGGUAGGAAGGAAAUGUUCUUUCUGUUAUGGUGUCACAAAGUUUAAAGUGUGAAAGGCUUGAGUGGAGGAAAGACAGUGCUACAAGUAUUACUCUUUUCAUGGUGUUAGUCUGGUGAAGAGAGAGGGAAUGUGGGGAUGCCAUGUGUGUUUCUGUGUUGUACUUGUGUGAUUUAUGUAUGAGGAACCAAAAAGUACAGAAAAUCAGGUGGAAGCAGGAAUACUAUAUACAUUUCAACUACAUAUCUUAGCCCUUUCCCUGUGAUAUGCAACAAUGCUCGACACAAGAAACAACGUGUGAAAUUUUUAUAAGCAUCUACAAGAAAGAAAGGGAUUACAAGGAUGGUUUUUGCAAUUUCUAGCCAGUGUAAUGUAAUGUCUCACAGUGGCAGGUGAAUAAGAAAAGAUGUGUCAAAUAGUGAAAGGUUUAAGAGAGACUGUAGUUGAAGUGUAAGUGAAUGAACUGUUCUGCUUUGCCUCGAGUUUCUCCACCACUUCUACUCGUUUGUCUCACUGAUGUCCACUUGCUGUGCUUUAGAGAAAUGUCAGGAAGUCGUGUGGUGCUCUGAAGGGCAAGAAAGAUUGAAAGAUAAGUGCCAUGAAAUACUAUUACAUGAAGUUUUUGCCACAGAUGUGAAGUUCCUAAGGAGAUGGAAGGGAAGUGGAUAUGUGUGUGUGUGUGUGUGUGUGUGUGUGUGGCUCAGAAAGGGAAAGAACCUACUGCCUUGUGAUUAAUGUGUUGUGUAUGGGAAGUGUUUAGAAGGUUUUGUGAAGGAGUUAAUGGACUCAAACUGCAGCUCUAGUGUAUUGGAGUGUGAAAGUGAGAGGAAUGUUUGGAAAGAUACAUAACUUAUAGUUGAGUUUAGGAGUUUUUAGAUGAAAGGAAAGCUUUACGAAGAAAUGGAAGGAUGGAAGGAAGGUUUUGUGAAGGAAUUAAAGGACUCAAAUGUGUGUGCUGGAGUGUGAGAGGAAGGUUGGAAAGAAAUAGAACUUACUAGUUGAGUUAUGGAGUUUUUAGAUGAAAGGAAAGGUUUGCAAAGAUUUUAUUUGACUAUUUUAAUAUUCCAAAGCAUUUAUGAAGUUUGGUGAGAAUGUAAGAAGCUGAGUGAUUGAUACGUUGCGUGUGGAGAUGAAAGGAGGGAUUGUGAAGAAUUGGGGAGGCAACUGAUUCCUGUACAUACCAUACUGCACUUAUAAAAUGUAAACUGUGUGAUGUAGCAGGGAUAAAUCAACUACCAGUCAUACUCGUACUGUGCUACAAAUAUAAACAUUCCUAUGACAGCUCUGGUGCUUGAUACUCAAUUAUAAUCCAGCCAAAAUGAAAGCCAAAAUGUAAAAAUAAUGAGAAUGUGGUGCUUGAACCUUAUGCAGUACAAUCCAGUCCUAUUAAAAAGUCGAGAAUAUUAACUUUAAACAUUUUUUUUAUGCUUGAAAUCUAUAUUAUGCAGUCAGAUCCUCUUAAAAAGCCAAAAAUAUUAUCUAUAAAACAUUCUUAGUGCUUCAAGUCCAUACAGUGCUAUCCAAUCUUAUUUAAAAGUCAAGAUAUCAGCUAUAAACAUUCUUAGUGCUUGAAUGCAAAACAGUGCAAUCCAAUCUUACAUAAAAAAAUAAAAUAAAAUAAAAAUAGAAACUAGACUAUCAACAAUAAAAUCAAUGUUCUUUGUGCUUGAAACCCAAACAUUGCCAUCCAAUCUUAUUUAAAAGUUAAGAACAUCAACUAUAAAAAUUUUUUAGCGCUUGAAACCCGAACAGUGCGAUUUAGUCUUAUUAAAAAUACAAAACUAUAAACUACAAACUCUCUCAGAACUUGAAAACAACGCAGUCCGAUUAUACUCACAAACACAAAAAAACUAUUCAAUACUCAACUCUCCCACUAACAAAACCAAGAUGUCUACCAGUACCCCUUUUUCAUACAUUUCCUAACACGCUUUUCUCGUCAUAAGACCACCUGCCGAGACCGUGAUAACACCAAGAGUCAUAAACAGGGACAAUAAACCUUAAUGCCACCCAUAUGUGAACUCAGGGUGGGGGCUGUACUUCUGGUUCUCCCUGUGUGUCGUGGCUUGGGUGUGGAAUGUGGUGGGAAGCGGAAGGAAAUGUGUGUGUAUGUGUGUGUGUGUGUCAAGGCGUGGGAGUGUGUGUGUAUAAGUGUGUGUGUGUGUGUGUGUUUGUUCUAUUGAUAGCUGGUAUGUAGUUCAGAAGUUCGUUUGUUAGUGGCAGUUGUGGUGGUGAUGGUUGGCAUGUGUGUGUGUGUGUGUGUGUGUGUGUCGGGUGGGGAGGGGGACGAGGAUAAGGAAUUUCUCUCUCUCUCUCUCUCUCUCUCUCUCUCUCUCUCUCUCUCUCUCUCUCUCUCUCUCUCUCUCUCUCUCUCUCUCUCUCUCUCUCUCUGCAUUUUUCCUAGGACUAAUUAGUGGGAAUCCUUCUUUAUCGAGAGAGAGAGAGAGAGAGAGAGAGAGAGAGAGAGAGAGAGAGAGAGAAUGACGUGUGUGUGUGUGUGUGUGUGUAAGAGAUGACAUAAUAUCAUGGUGGCGUAAAAGUCAUGCACACACACAAUCAUAACCCUUAUCCACAAAUUGAUAACAACGCCAGGAACUUAAUGCGACCGUCCCUUGCUAUCACCUGUUAGAAGCAUUUCCCUCCUUUCCCGUUCAGUCAUUGGGCGUUGUGUAGCGAGGGAGAAGAGAAGCUAUGACGGUUAGGUUGAUAAUAAAAGGCACAUUCAAGGAGAAGAGAAAAGUUGGCAGAAGAAAAGCUAUAAGGGGUUAAGAAAAACACAGCAAGUAAAAAGAAAAAAAAAAGCACCUUUUAUAAUUACUUCUCUCAUUUUCUUUCUGUGGUGUAGGAGGAAAAGACUGGUUGAAUAGCUAAAGAUAGGCUAUGACUGCUAGAUUGCUUCAUAAAGGCGAACAGUGAACUUAUUAUGACGCUACUAAUCAGGAGAAAACAUUUUGAUAUUAAAGGAGAGGAACUGUCGAGGCAACUGAACAAACAAAUGAAAAACAACACCCAACCCAGUCAACCCAGUCAUCUUUGAACCAGUCUCGCUGUUUUUAUGUAACCGUCUCGUAACGCCCGGCAGAACAUGCGAGAAGAAAGUGUUGUGUAACGUUUAAAGGAGCAUUGAUUUGGACCCACAUCACGUACGGGCUCAGCGGCGUAUAGCAGUGCAGAAAUUGUAUAAAAACGUGUGUAUGGUAAUGAUACGAUUUUACAUUAUGCGAAGUAUGAUGUUUGUUACGUAAAUUAGAAAAAAGAAGAACGCCUGUUAAACUGUCAUGCACAACUUAUCGGAUGUCAACAUAUUUGUAUUGAAAAGGGUUUACAUUAUGCGAAAUAUGGUAUUUGUUUGUGUUACGUAAAAUUAAGAAAAAAAUACAGAAGAAAACAUUUAAACUACCAUACUCACAAACGGACAUCAAAAGAAAAUGUCGCAAAAAGUGCAGAAAGUAAAUUAUAAUAACCUACACGAUUUAUGUUAUCGAAAUACAGUAUCUUUGUGUUACGUGAACAGAAAUGAAAGAAUGAAAGAAGACUACCGUGCACACACACAAUCGGAUAUCAACAAAUUUAAAUCGUAACAUCAGUAAAAUAUAUAAUAAUAACCUAUACCUCUUAUAACAAUAUUCGAUACACAAAUAUUAUGUAACUUAGGAGAGAAACGUUUCAACCACCAAUCACAACACUGACGGACGCACGCACGCACAACGAGAGCACAAACUUGUAUCGAAAGAGGGGAGAAAAAAAAAAAAAACAUGGUAACCUUUCUUUAUCUUGGAUUUAUCGCAGCAGUUUAGAAAAGUUAUACAUAGGUGGCGGUAGUGGUGGUGGUGAUGGGAAUGUGUGGCAGGGCGGGGUGAGGAAGGACAGCAGAGUAGGAGCAAGGUCAGUUGAAGAGUCCUUGGCUUGGCGACUGGGGACCUUAGAAACGUGGCGACGUCUUGUCUGUUACAGCGUGCUAAUGUGGAAGUUAUUAAUGCUUUCAAGGGUGUUUUAAUGAUCCUGAUGAAAGUUUAACAAGGCAAUUGUAGGGGAUCUUAGAAAUGUUCUGGCGUUUUGUCUCUUUUAACUUGCUGGGAUGGGAGUUAUUAGACUUUUGAAGAGUUUUUAACGGUUCUAGAAAAGUUUAACAAGGUUUCUGCGUCAUCACAAGGAAACAUAUCUAUCGGAGACCUUAUAAAGAUAUUGGCAGCAGCUUCUCUGUUAUAACAUGCUGGUGUGGAAGUUAUUAGAGUUUUCAAGGAUGUUUUAAUGAUUCUAGUGAGAGUUUAACAAGGUUUCUGCAUGGUCACUAGGAAAUAUAUCUAUGAGAACUUAGAAAAUAAUCUAAAACUUUUGAAAAUGUCUGAUAAGAGCACAUAAGGUUUCAGAAUACUGGGGUACUGAAGGGUUAAGCGCUUGAUGGAAGUUCCUAGGGUUUUCAAGAGUGUCUUCAGGUUACAGGGAAAGUUUAACAAGACUUCUGUAUCAUCACUAGGAAAUAUACCUAAGAAAACCUAAAAAUCAUAUCUAAGGUUUGAGAAUAAUCUAAUAAGAACACGAAGCGUUUCAGAAUGGAGAAGUGAAGGAGUGAAUGCGGGGUGUCUGCUACACAAGUUUUUCCUUUAAUCACAAACAACUCUUCUGACACUUGAUUUUUAGUAAACUCUCUCAAAUAUUUAUAUAGCCUUAGAGAGAGAGAGAGAGAGAGAGAGAGAGAGAGAGAGAGAGAGAGAGAGAGAGAGAGAGAGAGAGAGAGAGAGAGGAAACAAACUUUUUCCUCUCCCUCUGUUUCUGCUACACAACCUUUCCUUUAAUCACAAACAACUUUUCAGACUUUUUUUUAGUAAUGAACUCUUAAAUAUUUAUAAAUAUAUAUCCCCCUCCCCCCAAAAAGACGAAACUAACUUUUUUUUCAGUCCUGUCUCUGUUACACAAUUUUUCAUUCAAACACGAACAACUUUUUACGCAUUAACUAUUUGUACUCAACUCUCUUCAGUAUUUAUGUAACUUGGAAGAAAAAAAAAUAGACGAAAUUAACACAUGCUCUCUCGUGCCUCAUCUGUCUCCACGCACUGUUGUGGAGACUUAGGAAGGACACCCAUUGUAGUAAAAAAAAGAGUCCAGAGAAACAGCAUUAACACACGUGAUGGAGUGGUGUGGUGGUGUGGCAGCGUAGUGGCGCCGGGUGGGAGUUACCAGGUCCAGUUUACCCUUAGAAAAACAAGCGCAGGGACGGCGUGGGGUAGAAGUUGUAGAGUCCAUCACGUGAGGGUGUGUGGCCUUAGGAGCACACGUGAUGGCGCUAGUGGUGGUGUCUGGGAGUCUGGUGUGUGACGUCCGUGGCAUGAAUGUGCUUCUUGUAAGAGGUGGUGGUGGUGGCGGUGGCGGUGGCGUCUGCAGUGAAUCCUCAAAGUGAAGAUAGGCGAGUAGAUUUAAAUAAGCGAAGGUGGUGGUGGUGGUGGUGGUGGCGGCGUCUGCAGUGAACUCUCUAAGCGAAGAUAGGCGAGUAGAUUUAAAUAAGCGUAGCAAAACCAAGGCAAGCAACUUCAAACAAGCAAAGCAAAAUCAAUCCAUCAGAUAAUAUUCUUUUUUUCUUUUUUUUUCAUACGUAAGGGUCAUUAACAUAACCCUUUGACUUGUAAUCUUUUCUGAGUCCGCAAAAUUAUCUGGUGCAAGAUUUAAAGUAAAAUUUUUAAAAGACAACCAUCAAUAAUAAAAGGAGAGAGAGAGAGACAGAGGGGGGGGGGACGGGUAAUUCAAACCAUAGCGUAUAGUUUCAUUGGUCCUCAGAAUUAAUCAAGGUCACAGAAGUAUAUCAGUGUGCCUUUUUUAUUUCAGCCAUUUUUGUUGCCAUUGGCCUGAGCCCCUUACAUAAAAAAAAAAGAUGAUAAAAAGCCAAUCUAUUAGCAUUCAAAGGGUUAAACAGACACAGCUCAAAGAAACACGAUAUGCGUAUAGAUGAAAUAGUAGAUUGUAGAUUGAAAACACUAGUAGGUCUUCUGGAUAAGCUUCAUAAGGAGAGAGUCUGGUUUAUUUUCUGUCUUAACCUUGGUUCCUGGCAUGUGAUGGUCCUGGGGCUUGUGGGAGCUGCCUCGUGUGCCUCUGGUGAGUGGUGGUGGCGCUGGUAGUGGUGGCACUGACGUGUGUUGUGACCCUCAUUGAAGAGACGAAAGGAAGCAAGCAAGCAGUCAUUCAGUUAGUCAGUCAGUCUCCUUCCGUGUUCUCAUUAGUCACGCAAGCACUUUUCCAAUUAAUUGAUGGCACGAUGGUUCAUAUCCGCGUGCGUCACUAACCAAACUUUUAUAGAGAAAGGAUUUAAUUAUAUGCAAAAGAAAAAAUAAAUAAAUAAAUAAACGGACAACAAGGGCGUCUCAAAACUAAAACCUUAAUUCAAGAUACGUGCAUUGGUGAACGUUUUACCCCUCAAGUAACGCGUAGAAGUAUGAUAGAAGUGUGAUUCUUGAUAUUUGCCACAGCUCUGCAUUACCAAACGUUGCAUCGUCUUAUUUCAGCUGUUAACAGGCUAAGUGGAGGUUACUGGGGGUUUUCCUUUUGCCCUAGUGAUUCAAGUGAUUUAAUACGGGUUUAGCAGCAUCAGAGAGAGAGAGAGAGAGAGAGAGCGGCAAAUCUGGUGUCCUUGAAGAUAUUCCUCAUGUAUGCCCGGAGUGUUUAAGAUUGUGACCCUCAGUAAUUAUUUGUUUAGGCUCAAUUUGAUUACUUUUUAACGGGUUUUAUAGACCAUUCCGCGUUUGAUGGUGUUAGUGUUCUCAAAAUUAGGCUUCAUUGAUGUGAGAACACACACACACACACACACACACACACAUUCUAGAAGACUUGCAGCAGCCAAUUUUAUACUAAUUAAAACUUCUCACUUCCCUUUUCUUACUUUUCAUGAUUUAUUUAUUUAUUUUUAUUUAUUUAUUUAUUAUUUAUUUAUUUAUUUAUUUAUUUACUUAUACAUGUUAUCCUUGUUAAGACAUUAUCUCUUAUUUAUUUGUACGGUUAUGGUUAGUGAUACUUUUCAGCUUUUAUUUAUUUAUUUAUUCCUUCACUCAUUUAUCUUUUUUAUACAUAGUUACCAGCAGCGUAAUGUAAUACGACCUUCACUUAUCUGUAAUUCCCAAUUUGCCACUUAUCCCCAAAUGACUUAACCCUUUCACUGCUAUUGGCACAUCUUUCCUUAAACACCAAACACCCUCAGACAUUUUUUUUUGUUCUGCAUCGUAAUGGCUAGAAAUUGCAAAAUCUAUUCUUCUUAUUCCCUUCCUUUUUGCUUAUAAAUAUUUCAUACACUGCUUUUUAGUGCUAUGAAUUGUUGUCUAUUGCAGUGGCAGAGUUAAUAUUCUCACCCAAGUCCACAUUACACUCCAGUGGGACAGGUGCAGUGUGGGGCAAGAGGCAGGAAACAGAUCAGGCAUUACCAAUGAGACAAGACGUACUGGGAUCGCGAACACCUAACCUUCCCCUUCACUACACUGUCAUGUGAUAGAGGAAGGAACUUGGACAUUGACCUGGAAAGAAUGAGAUUAGCUUGGCGUCUUUGAUUCUGGGGUGACUCGGGGCGUGCUUGUUGUCCGUACAGAGGGCGCUGCGGGGCGUGAAGGAGCAACACGCUGCCUACUUGAAUUCAGUGACUGUCUAGUGUGGUGAUAUGAAUUGGUUGACCCUGAUAACCCAUAUCUCAAGGUCUUGCUGUUUUGUUGUCAUUUAUUUAUUUUUUUUUAUUUGUUUUCUUUUUCGUGUUUUUUUUUUUAUUUUUUUUCUCAUGAAAACCCUUCUGUGUAUUUAUGCUUGUAUUUUUUUUAAUAUUUUUUAAUUCAUUUACAUGGAAUAAGGAAAUACAUCCAAUUUGGGUAAUUUGUGUAAGCAGUAACUUUUUUUUUUCUUCUACUCCUGGUUUUUAUUUAUUAUUAUUAUUUUUUCGUUCAAUUUACAUCCCAAUCACGAAUCAUUCAAAAGUUCCAGUAUUUCAGUUGACUUUACACAUGGCCAACUAAAAAAAAAAAAAAAAAAAGCCACCACAACGGAAUUCUAGCAUUUUAUGAACCCCGCGCGGUGAGUCACUGGUGAUGCAACAGACGAGGCUUUAACUGCAGCAUGAGGGGUGUGUUGUCAUGGUACUCAGAUUCGCAUUCCACCCUUACCUCACGACCCAAGCCUUCCACACCAGCACUCAUUAUUAUCCUCGGCAUGACCAGAACCAGUGCGGGCGGGUGUCAUUGCGCUGCGAGGCGGUGUAACCAACACAAAAUAUCCCAUUAACCUUGCUGUGUGAGUCCAUAAGAAUUUGCUAUAAUCGAGCGUACACAGUGUAAUUCAAGUCAGCUCAACGCAAAGCUAAUUCAGGGCAAACAAACAAUGCUAAACUAUAAACACAACCAAAUCAAACCAAAUUAAAAGCAAUCCAAACCUAACUAAACCAAACCAAAUUAAACCAAACGAAGCCAAUCCAGUUCAACCUGGCCAGAUCCAACCUAGUGCAACGCCAAACCAAAGCAACCCCAACCAAACCAAAUCAAACUAAUGCAAACUCAUCCGAAACCAAACGAAGCCUAUUCCAACAUAACCAGACCAACCAAACUUACCCAGCCAGACCCCGCUGCUCUCAUCACGAAAAGAAAACGGAGGUACGAAGUAGGUAAGUUUUGGAGGAUCUCAAAACCUGUCUGGCGUAUGUGGAAGUGAAGCAGGAAUGAGGGGAUUACAGAGUAGGGGUCUUUCCCAGAACACUCCAGCGCUGUUUGUACCUUAAUACGUAGCCACACCACCACACAAGUUCGUUACUGGGGGAAGGCAGAGUGCAGGGUAGCGGAGGGGCGUCGAAUGUGAGGUAUAAAAACGUUAAGGAAAGCUGCAAGAAAUUAUCAGGCCUACACGUGUUUGUCUAUAAAAAAUAUGCUUGCCUCUUUCCACCUACCAUUCGUAUUCGUAAAUCCGUGUAGUCUUGUAUCUUUUUGCGUGUCAUAAUUUAAGGACAAGAAGACAAGGGAAGGUGCAAGAAGUCAUCGGGCCUACACGUGCCAGUCCCUAUUGAAAACAUGCUUACUUAUUUCCACUUAUCCAUAAAUUUACCGAGUGACUUGAAGAGAAGUAACACUAAAAGUCGACUUGGAAUUAAGAGUCAUUAUUCCCGAGAAGCAUCCAGGUCUCUCAUAAGGACUAUUUUCAAGGACAACAGGGAUGGUUAGAGUGGUUCUCAAGCGUGUCUUUUUUUUUUUUUUCUGUUGAUGCGGAAACCUUGUUAAACUAUCACUUGAAUCAUGGAAGCACUCUUGAAAGAAAAAAAAAAAAAAAAAACUCAGCAUCUACUAGAGUUUUGUUGAAGUUCGUGGAUAUAAAAGUAAUGAAUUCAGAAUACAGAACAGGGAACUUUGAAAUACGAAUUUUUGAAAGCCAGAAUGCGUUAACCCUUAGAAUCCUGUAUAGCCUUUUAAUUACUGGUAAAUUUAUAUAUAUAUUCAUUAAGUUUCAUGGCUGCUGUCCUGAAAUCAUAGUGGGUAUUGAGUCUAGUAAAAUAUCUUAAAAAUCUAGCUUCAUUAUGUCAUGCAUUGAACGGUUUUAACAAGUUCCAAUACGAUUCCCAUGACUGAAAGGGUUGAGAAUAUACUGUGGGAUACUGGGAGCUUUAAACUGCAAGGUGUGAAGAGAGAAGGGUGACUCUAGUAAUGUAAACGCUGUGUAAACCUUUGCAUGGGUCCUUGCUAAUCAAAACACCUCCUUUCGUUUUGUUUAUGUGUGUGUGCGUGUGUUUGUGUUUGUAAGUUGAACGCUAUGAGGGGAUGUGCUGGCUGCCAUUUCCUGUGUGUGUGUAGUGUGUGUGUGUGUGUGUGUGUGUGUGUGUGUGUGUGUGUGUGUGUGUGUGUGUGUGUGUGUGUGUGUGUCGUACCUGCCUUAAUUAACAACACCUGCCUCAGAUGUACAGGUGUUCUGAGGUGUUGGUUCCCCUCCCUCUGUAUGAGUGCUCUCUCUCUCUCUCUCUCUCUCUCUCUCUCUCUCUCUCUCUCUCUCUCUCUCUCUCUCUCUCUCUCUCUCUCUCUCUCUCUCUCUCUCUCUCUCUCUCUCUCUCUCUCUCUCUCUCUUAAUAUACCAGUAAAUAAUGUUCCUGAUCAUUGCCAUCGUUGUGUGUGUGUGUGUGUGUGUGUGUGUGUGUGUGUGUGUGUGUGUAAGUACAGCCGUGUGCCAUAUGCGUCAUGUAGUCAUCACAACUUCGUGCUAUAACGUACACACACACACACACACACACACACACACACACACACACACACACACACACACACACACACACACACACACACACACACACACACACUACACUACACUACACUACGCUACGCUACGCUACACAUACAAAACCACAUCUUCCCCAUAUCCCUCGUACCAUUCUUACACACACACACACACGCACACACACACACACAAUAAGUAAUUAAAAAGUGCUCAUAUUGAGUGCUAGGGACGCGCACGUACAUACAUACAUAAGUAAGGGCGCGUUAUGGAACUUUCGACUCGAAGUACAGAGUCGAUAAGUGUCAAUAUUUAAGUAUUUGUGUUCGUCCCAAGUCUACCUGUUCCUUUUUUUUUCUUUCUUUUUUUUUCUGUGUGUGUGUGUGUGUGUGUGUGUGUGUGUGUACAUUUUGUUUUUCUUUAGUAUACACAGUCACCCGCAUGCACACCCACGCACGCACGCACAGUAUUGACUCAAGUACAAUAUCCUAUCUCAAGUCCAGUCCUCACGUGUACUCAUAAGUCGUGUAAGUCACAAAGUACACACACACGCGCGCACACACACACACACACACACACACACACACACACACACACACACACACACACACACACACACACACACACUCACACAAGCGAACCAUUUCCUACAUUCCCGAUAUUUCAUUCCUUAUUGACAUUGUUUUUUUGUAUUUCUGUUAAUUUUGGUCAUCAUUUAUUUUCUUACUUUUUUUCUAUUCUUGAACACAUUUUACGUAUUUCUUCAUAAUUUAUCUAUUAUUUUUAACACAUCUACGUUUUGCAAGUCAUAGUUUUUAUCAUUAUCUGUUAUUUUUUUUGUGCAGUCGAUAUAGUUUUUAUUUAUUUAUUUAUUUUAUUUUUUAUACCAGCGUAAUAUAUUCAUUUCUUUCGGUUCAUUCACGUAUAUUUUUCUAUUUCCGUAUCAUAACACUUCGCUUAUUUUAUACCCGAGAUUUCUCCUUAAAUUGUAUAAACUCCGUAAUCCUGCAAUCGAUCCCUUUUGUAGCCGAGCCGCUGAAUCAGAAGCUAUCCCAUCGAUCCUCUUUUGUCUUUUUUUCUGUCUUUUCUCCCAGUCAUUGAAAAAAAAAAAAAAAAAAAAAAACAGCUGCGCAUCGACCCAGCUUGAUUCCUUUAACGGAUGAGCGCAUUUUGUGGCGAAGAUAACAUGAAAGCUUCUCAUAUUGUUUCGUUUAUUAUUUUGUAUUUGUCUUUGUUUCUCGUUAGUGUUAUUGUUUUUAGAUUGAUAUUCAUGUACUUAUAUAUUGAUGUGUUUGUUUAUCAUUACGAUUUUUUUUAUUAGAUUUAUUUAUUUAUUUAUUUUAUUUAUUAUUUUUGUUUAUUUUAUUUAUUAUUAUUAUUUUUAUUUUGCUGGGUUGGUAAUACGAGUUUGAAUAUCUAUUUAAAUUUUCCUCCUCCUCCUCCUCCUCCUCCUCCUCCUCCUCCUCCUCCUGCAAACUGCGUCUCAGUUCCUUCCUUUACGCUCCCUCGGGUGAAGCAGGUGAAUUAAUUAACCUUUUCAGGUGCAUCCUUCAUUCACCUCACACCUGCGCUCCUCUUUUUUUUUUUCUGAUUUUAUUUACAUUGGGGUCAUGUCUUUUCGUACUUGUGAAACCUCUGAAUUAUUUUAGUGGCCCCUUAAAUAUUUAAAUCCUCAUGACGAACAGUGCCGUAAGAGCCAACAUGUCUGCUGGUGUUCGUUUUGUAGUGUUUUUUUUGUGUUGAUUUUUGUUGACUUUGGUAACUUUUUUUUUUUUUUUUACUGGCGCCUCAGUGGGGGUGUUUUACCUAUAUAUAUUUUUUGUUGCCAGUUGCCUUCUUACAUAAUAAUAUGUACGAAUUACCCAAAGCACACUAAAUGACAUUGUUAAUUACACUUACUAAUUAUAUUCACUGAACAUCUCUACCUCUUUAAAACUGCACAUCGUGACACACCUGCAUAAUUAACACCAAACUCCAUCACGCCUAGUUUACCACAGUCAUUCCGCCGCAUGCGGACACCGGAAUGGCAACACUGUUACGGGGCCUUCACCUUACGCUCUGAUUGGUUGACGUAUUAACAUUUUAUGUUCAUGUACGUUUUUUUUUUUUUUUUUUUUUUCUUCUUUUUCCCAGAUUGUUUUAAUUUACAUUUUUCUUCAUAUUUUCAGUUUAUUCAUAUUUUCUUUUUAGUAACAUCUCUUUUAUAUUCACAUUUUUUUUUCACUUUAUUCACAUUUUCAUUUUUUUUUUACUUUUUUUCUUCAUAUUCUCUGUUUUAUUCAAAUUUUUAUACGAGUACACAUUUCUUUUUUGUUCACAUUUUCAUUAUUCACAAAUCCUUCAUUCACAUUUCUCACAUGUGCGGCCUUUCAAAAUUCAUUAUUUACUUUCUAUCCAAGCCAAAAAUUUAAUUAUAUAUAAGGCACCUGACUAUUUGUGCCUAUUUCAUCCAGUACGUAAAGUCAGUGAAGGUUUUCGGCGAAGAUUUUGAAGUCAGUUUGCGGCACGUUUGAAAGUACCGCGGAAUGCUUCAGCCAAUCAGCGAGUGACGCCAGCGCCCAGUGACAGUGUUGCCAUGCCCGUGUGCUCUUGGCUGGUGAAAUUAUGAUACUAGAUUCGCCUUGAUGGAGUUAAAUAAUUGGAUUUUUAUAUGUGCCGAUUACAAAAGAAGUAGAUGUUAGUUAUAUACAAAAUUUAUCAUUAAAGUAUAUUUACACUUUGUAUAAUACCUUAUUUAGCUUAAUUUACCUUCAUUUACUGUUGAAUAACUACAAAAACACUUCAGUUAUUAAAAUUACACUUGGUAAUUACACACACAGCAUCUUUGAAUUAUAUUUACAACACCUAUAGUACUUUAUGUAAUUUAUCUUCCUUCACUGUUCAGUAACUACGAAAAAAAAAAAAAACAUUAAUUAUCACAAUUACAUUCACGAAUCACAGACUCAGAAUCUUUAAGUAUAUUUACACACAUUCUUUCCCUUACACAGUUUACAACGUUGAUCUGCUCUUGCCACAAAAUACACCAAUUACACCAUUAAUCACAUAUACCACACAACUAAUUAUAUGUACCUACUUUUAUGGUAAUUACUUUUUUUAUAUAUGAUUUAACCCAGUGGAUUAUUUAUCAGUACAUUGAUUAAUUAUGAACUAAGUAAGUAUCAUAAGUAAUUACCGUGUUAAGUAAUUACGAGUUUAUUAUGGAGAUUUAAAGAGCCCUGGGUGUGCUCACAUUGAGUGCUCGCCAGGCGGGUCUGUAUAUGGACUGGUGGAAGAGAGGCGUGACUCAUGGCAGCCUCUCGCUCCUCUCCUGGGCCUGAAGCUGUGUGGCAUUGCUGGGGGUCGCUAGUUUGUUAUUUUUAGGGUUGGGUUUGGUUUGGUUAGGUCAUUUAGGUUACGUGGUCUAGUAAUCUAAUGUAACCUAAACUAGCUAGACCUUAUAUCUUAUCUAGCCUUAUGUAUCUUGGUUUUCCUUAACUUAUAUCAGUUCUCAUCUCUACUAACCUAAUGUAACCUUAUCAUACCUUAUCUCACCUUGCCAUACGUUACUUGACCCAAUCUAAUCUUACAUUACUUAAUCUUUCCUUGCCAUACCUAAUGUGACGUUAUCUUCCCUUACCUUACAUUACCUAACCGUACCUAACUUUCUUUCCCACCCAACCUAACCUGAUCAAACCCAGCCCCCAAAAAUAACAAAUGUGACUAAUUCCCGUGCAGUCCACCCUCUAUAUUCUAUAUAUACAAAUACUGCCUGAUAGUAGCUAUCGGGAUGGUAAUAGUAGUAGUGAAUAUAAUAGUAGAUUGAAAUGGCUGACUACUACACUACAUAAUAAACUAUAGUACCUUUUUCUAACAGGGAAAGGUGUACGUAUGUAUGUAUGUGUGUAUUGGGAGCAGCUUCAAUGUAAUUUUUAACUGUUGCAAAAUAUACCUAGCUGCUAUACAUGAUGAGAACAAAGAUAUGGUUUUCAUUAAUGACUGGUGUUUUAUUACCACUGCCUUACCGUGCUUGUUAUUAGUAUUAGUGUCUGUAUGCCCUAAAUUGUAUCUUUCCUUCUGCCUCCAACGCUUCAAACCUUCUAUUUUUUUGUUGCUUGGAACAUUUUGUAGCGGCGCCUUAUGACCGUGAUGUUGCGUCGCCUUCCCCUCCUCCCUCCCUUUUUCCUAUCAAUCACUCAUUCCUUUUGCCUCCUUCCUCUUGACUCCCAACUCUCAAGUCCUGCCGCUUGUUUCCUUCUUAACCCUUUCACUGCGGUAUGGGACAAUUCACGGCACUAAAAACAAUGCAUGGAAUAUAAGCAUCUACAUGAAAGAAGAGGAUAAAAAAGAACAUGUUUUGCAAUUUCUGGCCAGUUUAGUGUUUGUAGGUGGCUGUAGAAACAAGAAAAGAUGUCCCAGCGUGGUUAGUAAUUUAGGAAAGGUGUGCCAGGUAGAAGUGAAAGGGUUAAUUCCUAUCUUUUUCCGCACCUAUUACCACUGCUAUUACGUGUUUGUUAUUAUUGGUAUCCUUAUGUCUUAAAUCCUGUCUGCUUUCCUUCCUCCCAGUUCCUAUGCCAUGUCCCCUGUUUCCUUCUUAACUCUUUCUUAAUUCAUACCUCAUUUUUUUUUUUCCCCAAACUUACUUCUGACUUCUUUGCUCUUAUUUAAAUUUUUCCUAAUACUUUCGUAACUCUUGCCUCAUUUAUUUUUCUGACUUUUGUUUUCUACUUUCUUUUUCUUAUUUCGUUCUUCCUAACACUUUCCUAACUUUUUGUCUUACCUCUUACACCCUGUUCCUCUUAACUCCUUAACUCCAUUCUCCCCCCCUUGACUCUCACCUUCCUUCACUUCCCAUAGGAGGCAAAAUAAGCUGGAAAUGUAGUCACCAGUAACUCAGAUCACAAAAUGUACGUACCUUGCAAAAAAAAAAAAAAAAAAAAAAAAAAAAAGGAAAGAAAAAAAAAGAAAAAAAAUGGCACAGACUCGGAAAGAAUGCUGACAAGGCAGAAAUUAUCCAACAAAAAACAUAUCUAGAUUAGAGAGUGACACAUUGAUGGAAAACCCAAGAAAGGAUGUUACGGAAGCCUGGAAUCAAGUACAUAUGUCCUCGUGGCUCAGUGGUAAAGAUAUGACAGCUGAUAAUUGUGAGGUCACCGAUUCGAAUCCUGGGUGUAUGUACUUUAUUAUCCAGACACAGAGAGAGAGAGAGAUAAGAUUAGUAGAGGUUAAAAGAUGGAAAAGUAAAAUGAAAUGGAAAUGAAUAAGAAAAAAAAUAGAAGUAAAAUAGAAGAAGAAAAGUAACGACGAGGUUUUGAAGUGAAUAAAAAGAAAACAGGAAAUAAAAUGAAUACUCGAACAAAAUAGAUAAAAGAAAAUAAGACGAAGUGAAGAAGAGCUAAAGAUGAAAUGAAUGAAAAGAAGAAAAGUAAAAAAAUAAGGAAGACCUAAAGAAGAAAUGAACGAAAAGAAAAAAAAAACGGAAAAUAAGAGUUAAAGAAGGCAUGAACGAAAAGAAGAAAAGGAAAGGAUAUAGAAGAGUUAAGAAAAGAAGAAAAGAAAGGGUAUAGAAGAGCUAAAGAAAGAAUGAACGAAAGGAAUAAAAAAAAAGAUGAAGAAGAGCUAGACAAGAGGUAAAGGAAAUGAAGAAGAGACGAAGAAAAAGAACCUGACGAAGAAGACAUAGACAAAAGAUAAAAGAAACAAAGAACAGAUGUAGGAAAAUAAGAAGUAAAGAAGGACUAGACAAAAGGUAAAAGAAAUAAAGAAGAAAUGAAAGAAAAGAAGAAGAGGUCAAAGAAGAGCUAGACAAGAGAUAAAAGAAAUAAAGAAGAGAUGAAAAAAAAAAGAGGAAUGAAGAACACGUGAACAGGCAUAGAGGAAGUUGAGUACAAAUGAUGGGGACAUGAUGGGGAAUACUCACCUCUAAUAUCAGGAAGGCGUCACGUGUGGGUAGGAGCUGAAUAAAGCCGAGUAACGUCGCUCUCUCUCAAACAGGAUGUCACAGAACAGUUACAUAUUCACUCGCUUGUAUUUUCCGACGCACAUUUCAUUCCCUCAGGCGACUCAGCAAGAACUCAGGUAAACUCAUCCAGGUGACUCACUCAGGUAAUGUAUCCAGGUAAUGUAUCCAGGUAACUCAGGUAAUUCAUCCAGGUAAUGUAUCCAGAUAAUUACUCAUCCACGUAACUCAGGUAAUUCAUCAAGGUAACAGGUGUCUCAUUCAGGUAACUAACUCAUGUCACAGGUAACUCACUCAUACAGUAUGUUUUCUCAGUACCUUUACAUUAAAAUAACUUUAAAAAAAAGAAAAAAAGAAAGAAAAAGAAAAGCAUCGUAAAGAACAAAAGAAAUGCAUGUACAAAAUAAAAAGAAGGAAAGAAAGAAAGAAAGGAAAAUGCGCUCACAAAUAAAAAAAAAAUAAAAAAAAGUGGGAGACAGAAAAGAAAAAACAAUAAUAAGCGCGUGAAAACAAAGCACGCCUCAGGUAAAGGUGGUUAAGGGCGUUCCCAGGCUUCAGGUGAGGAUAACAAACACGGGAACCUCACCUUCUCUUCUGUAGUCUUUCAUUUGUCAUUAUUCUGAGUAGUGAGAAACAUUCCUUGCACGGACACACAAAUAAAAAGACACAUUACGUUGAUUCUGUCUUUUCUACGGUACCAAGUUAAUGUAUUGUAAUUUAUGAAGAAAGAUUAAGUUGGUAAUGGAAUGUAAUUAAGGGGAAAACACUAAUAAAAAGACACGAUACGUUGAUUUUGUCUUUUCUACGGUACCAAGUUAAUGUAUUGUAAUUUGUGAAGAAGGGUUAGUAAGUUGACAAUGGACUGUGAUUAAAGGAAAAGUCUAAGUUGAUGAUAAGUGAAGAAAAGAUAGAAUGCAUUAAUUUUAUCUUCUCUACGCUAACAAAGUAUUAAAUGGGCUUUGAUUAAAGAAAAAGUGUCUGAUAAGUUGACAAUGUAAAAAGAAAAAAAAAUGUAGAAUGUUUUUUUUUUCCUAUCUACACUACCAAACUAUCAAAUGGAUUGUAAUUAAACAAUAAAAAAAAAUAGGUUGGUAACGGACUAAUUAAAAAAAAAAGUUAAUCAGAGGUGUUUAAAGGAAGUUGUUUAGAAGUGCAAAUAAACUAGAAUAUACAUGAAAACAAACUAGCCAAGUGAAGGUGAUAUUUAAUAGUAGCUAGUGAUAAAAGAAAGUUGCUUACCAUUGUAUGCAAACCAGAGCGGAAUAUCAAAACAAACCAGGUAAGUAAAGGUGAUAAUUAGUAUUCGUUGGUGACUUUCUCGACUUGACAUACAAACAAACCACCCAGGUAUCCAGGUAAACAAGCAGCCAGGUACUGUACAGGUAAUAAUUAGCCGAAGAUGAUUCAAGAAAGUCGUUUAGCACUGUAUUAUAAACUCGAGCAGAACAUCAAAGCAAACCAACCAGCCAGGUAAAAAUAAUAAUUAAAUGCGUUCCGGGAGUCAGGUAAGGAUGAUAAUCUAAGAAGUUGCCCAUUGAAAGUUGCUUUUAUCAUUGCAUUCAAACUCGAUUAGAACAUCCAGACAGGUAAAGAUAAUAAUCAAACGCAUUCCGGGGCCCGGCCAGGUAAGAGGCGAGGAGUGUGGGGUGGGGGGGUGAACCAGACAUUUCGUUCAAACACUUCCCGGAAAAGGAAGAUCAACCAACUUCCGAGGAACAGACUGUAGGAAAUGUUCACCGGCACCUUUGAUUGGGUAAUACCUUGAUGACGUCACCGGCCCACUCCUCCCAUUGGCCAUGACUCAUAAUCAUGUGAGCGCAAUGUGGCAAGAACUCACUCAUGACGUCACACAAGCCCCUGUCAUUGGCCAGCUGGGAAUAGUGACAUAAGAGAUCUAUACGCUGAUUGGCCCUGGCGAUAUGACGUAAGGGAUAAGAUAACACCUGAUUGGCUGCGGGAGUGGAGCUUACACGGCGGGAGAUAGAGAGUGAGUAAGUGAUUGAGUGACUUAUUUUCUCUCUCCCAAGUGUUUGAUAAGCAGUCUGCGUGUGUGUGUGCUGGACAAACAAGUGGUAUUUGAACUGCGGGGGAUAGUACUGAGUGAAUCACCGGUGUUCAUCAUUAUUGGGUAUUAUAAGGGAUGAAGGAACAGUGGCGGAAUAUGUGUUAGUUCUCCCCUGAGUGGUUUAUCAUGCCCAGGUGCGCCAGAAAACGUUAUUAUCAUAGUUUUUCACACAAGUGACUGUGUGGCAACUCGAGUUUAUAUACUGGGAGUCUGGAAAUCUUCGCUCAGUGGCGCCGGGAUGGCCGAGGAGGAAGGAGGGUCUAUCGCGCACUCCCGCUCCUCCCAUGACUAGUGUGCUGUAUAUUUUGUGUAUUGGUAAGGCCACAGUGACCCAGGCCAAACAAUUGUGACCUCCACACGUGACUUCGCUAGUUGUGACCCGCUGCAGUGAAGGGCAGAGGCAGGAUUGCUAAGACUACCACCACCACCACCACCACCACCACCAACAUGGCGUGUGGUGGGGCCGUGGUCGUGGGGAGGAGGGGGGACCUAGGACCCUCUCAAUAUUCUCCCACCAACCCCCCAAACCUCUGACACUCCCCCACUAAGACGGCAACAUAACAAGAGGUACUAUUACUACUACUACUUCUACUUCUACUUCUACUACUACUACUACUACUACUACUACUACUACUACUACUACUACUACUACUACUACUACUACCACUUCUACUUCUACUACUACUACUACUACUACUACAAGGUGUCAAACUAUUCCUCCUCCUCCUCCUCCUCCUCCUCCUCCUCCUCCUCCUCCUCCUCCUCCUCCGCCUCUUCGUGAGUCACCGUGGAAAAAUGAAAGAAAAAAGAAAGAAAGGGAGAAAGAAAAAAAACUAGAUUAUUGGCGAGAAAGUGAAGAUAGAGAAAAAAAUAAAGGAACAAAGAAAAGAAGAGAGAAAAGAACAAAAAAAAUAGAAAAGGAAGAUGAAAAUGGAAUAAAUAGAGAAACGAAAGAAAAAGAAAGAAAAUAAAUAAUUAAAUGCCUGUAUGUGUGUGUGUACAAAAAGUGUAUUAACUCAAUUUUUGUAAACUGACAUAGAGAGAGA